GAUAUUUUGAAGGUCUGGGACAUUAUUUUGGUAAACUAAACAAACAGAAAUCAUCUUGUGGGGAUUAUCGGUGAACUGGGGAAGCUGCAGAGAUGGGGGGGUGAGAGCCCUGAUUAGACUUUGUCAUGAGCGAGGUGAGUUGGUGAAGGAACACAUAGCUGGAUUCCAUGCACGGUGAAGAUGGGGACACUGUUUACACCAGCGCUGCUGCUGCUCACAUGGCAGAGUGUUUGGAGUUUGGACAUCCCUCUGGAGGUCAGACAGCCUCCAACCAUCAUAAAACAGUCCAUGAAGGAGCACAUUGUUGACCCCAGAGACACCAUGGUCAUUGAAUGUGAAGCUAAAGGAAACCCUCAUCCCAUCUUCUCGUGGAGGCGUAACGGGAAGUACUUCAACAUAGCACGUGACCCUCAGGCGUCUAUGCGUAGGCGCUCUGGGACGCUGGACAUCUACGCCUGGAACAAUCCAGAACAAUAUGAGGCAGAGUACCAAUGCAUUGCCUCCAAUGAAUAUGGAUCUGCAUACUCACACAGGAUCAGACUACGGCUCUACAGAGCUCCUGUGUGGGCAAAGGAGAUCCUUGAGCCUGUGGUGGUCAGCAUCGGCCUGCCUUUGGUCCUGUCAUGCGACCCACCACCUGGCCCCCCUAAACCUGAAACUUACUGGAUGUCAAGCUGCUCAUAUGCGAGACCUUUCAACUGGCCCAUUCAGACGGCCUUCCCCACCAUGCAGGCUGUGCGGCCGGACCGCAGGGUGUCCAUGGGCGUGAACGGAGAUCUGUACUUCUCAAACGUCUGGAUGAAUGACUCUUCUUCUGAUUACUGCUGCAAUGCUCGAGUACCCUACAAGAACGUCAUCCAGCAGAAGAUGCCCGUAGUUGUCAAAGUGAUAACAACUCGUACCGUGGCUGAGGCUGCCCCCACCUGGCUGUCUCCCAAAGGUUCAUCCAGCUCCAUCCUGGUGCUGCAGGGGGAGGAACUGCUGCUGGAGUGUAUCGCUGCAGGAGUGCCGACUCCUCAUAUCACUUGGACAAAAGAUGGAGAAGACCUGGUGGUGACGCCCCGCAUGAAAGUAAAAAACUUCAACAAGUUGAUCCAGAUCCCAAAGGCUGCUUUUGAAGACAUGGGUGAAUACGUCUGCACUGCUACCAACAGGAUUGGAUACAUCGAACACACAAUAACUGUCAGGGUCAAAGCGGCUCCAUUCUGGUUGGAGAAGCCCACUGAUUUAAUUUUGGCCCCUGAGGAAAAUGGACAUUUUGUGUGUCGUUCUGACGGAGUUCCUCGUCCUACAAUCAGCUGGUUCAUCAACGGGGAACCAAUUGAAACUUCUACUCCACAGCCUAACAGACAGGUGUCAGGGGACACCGUGAUUUUACGCAGUGUAACAGCUGCAAACAACGCCGUCUAUCAGUGCAAUGCCUCCAAUCAAUAUGGGUACCUUUGGGCUAAUGCUUUCGUCAAUGUUCUACAUGCAACUCCUCAUAUUACUGGACCCAGGAAUGAGCUCAUCAAGGUGAUAGAAGGCAGUCACACCUUCUUAGACUGUCGCUACUUUGGUUCUCCAGUGCCAGACUUACGAUGGUCUAAGUACGGACAGGGGAAUCUCGAAGGAAACCGCUUUAAGAUCCACAGUAAUGGGACUCUGGAGAUAAAACGCAUACAAAUAGAGGACCAGGGAACUUACCUGUGCAUAGUCAGCAACCUGGCGGGAAGAGAUGAGAGUCAAGUCCGAGUGGAGGUCAAAGAGCCCACCUUAAUUGUAACCAGACCUCAGAGUAUGAAAGUCAUCAGAGGAACUGAUGUGCGCCUCGAGUGUGGUGUAAAAGCAGACGUCACAACGCCUGUGACAACGACAUGGAUGAAAGACAAAAAGGUCUUAUCAUAUGGCUGGAGAAUCUCUCUGGAUGAAUCAAAUCUGGUUGUCUCGAAUGUGAACAGAGGUGAUGAGGGGAAUUACACCUGUAUCAUCAAAAGUGAGCUAGACCAGAAGUCCGCCUCGGCACGUCUAACGGUGAUGGACCGUCCAGAUCCUCCAACUAACUUGGAGUUGUCAGAUCCGUAUGAGCGCAGCGUGAGACUUAGCUGGGUUCCAGGAGCCAGCAACCACAACCCCAUUACAGAUUACCUAGUUCAGUAUGACGAUGACGACUGGCUGCCUGGGAAGUGGAAGAACCUUUCAACGUACCCGGGGAACCUCAACUCUGUUAUUCUGCAUCUUCAGCCCUUCACCUACUACGAGUUCAGGGUCAUUGCCAUUAAUGAAAUUGGAAUGAGUCGGCCCAGUCGCCCGUCUAAGCGUUUCCAGAGCAGCGGUGCACCUCCAGAUGCCAUCCCUAAGAACCUAAAGGGCGUGGGGACAUGGAGGAAUAACAUGGAGAUCAGCUGGGAGCCUCUCACUUACAGAGAGUGGAACGGGCCUCACCUGAAGUACCUGAUAUGGUGGAGGAGGAGAGACUCCAGAGAGGAGUGGAAGAAUGCGACCACCAAAUGGUUGAAAUACUACAUUUAUGAUGCUGACACCUUCACUCCAUAUGAGCUUAAAAUUCAGGCUGUCAACGACUUUGGGCUGGGACCAGAGUCUCCUGUUGUGGUUGGCUACUCUGGUGAAGACCGUCCUGUGACUGCACCUCUCAACCUGAGAGUGUCCGACAUCGAGAGCACGCAGGUGACUGUGCACUGGGACCCUGUGACGCGAGAUGCUAUGAUGGGAGAACUGAAGGAAUACAAGGUAUACUACUGGAGAGAUAGCAGCCAGCUGAGGUGGCAUCGAGUCAACAGAGGCAUGAAGUCCAUAUCAUUCGCAGAGAACGGUCCAGAGCCCUCUGGUGUUGUCACUGGACUCAUACCUUACAGCAACUACAAAAUGUAUAUAGUGGUGACAAACAACCGAUAUGAAGGGCCGCCUAGUAAUUACAUACACUUCUCAACACCUGAAGGAGUACCUUCUGCUCCCAGCUCCUUCAGAAUCCAACAGCGACAUCUGGACAGUAUUUAUGUGGACUGGGAGCUGCCAGCUGAACCUAAUGGCAUCAUAACUGGAUAUUCCCUCAAGUAUCAGACAGUGAACGCCACCAGAGGAGAGGAGUUGCGGGUCGAGGAGUUUCCUCCCAAUGUUACAAGUUUCUCAGUGCGGCGAUACGACCGCUACACUCGAUACAGAUUCGAAGUGGCUGCUCGGACUCGGAUCGGGAUAGGAGAGUGGCAUACAGAGGAGUCGCCUCACUACACCACCGAGACAUAUGCUACGGACCAGGUAGACAUCACCACUCAGGGCUGGUUCAUUGGUAUAAUGUGUGCCGUGGCUCUCAUCGUGCUCAUCCUGCUCAUAGUGUGCUUCAUUAAGAGGAGCCGAGGGGGUAAAUACCCAGUACGGGAGAAAAAAGACAUUUCUUUGGAGCCGGUGGAUGACAAAGACCAGGAGGGAUCCUUUGACUACCGGUCUCUUGAAAGGAUAGCACGUGUCUCCACUCUGCCUUACCCUCGACGUGAUGAGGAAAGGGGGCUCCAGAGGGGCCAGCCAUCAACCGAGUCCAUUAUGAAGCGCUCAGACAGCGACGACAGCCUGGUGGAUUACGGUGAAGGAGGGGAGAUACAGUUCAACGAGGACGGCUCGUUUAUCGGCCAGUACACUGGAACCAGGAGAGACGUCAGGGAGGUGGACUUCGGUGUCGGGAGUCUGGAGCUCCACUCUCCGAUGAACACCAUCUACUCCCUGGCAUGAAACUCAAAA